GUGGAACGCGUUGGCGGUGCAUUUGGUGGUAAAUACACUCAAAGUGCGCCAGCUGGAGCUUGGGCUGCACUUGCAGCACGAGUGCUGAACCGCCCAGUCAAGGUUGUGCUGAAGAGGGCCGAAGAUAUGCUUAUCACUGGGAAACGUCACCCGGCCAUGGUAAAGUACAGAGUUGGCAUCGAUGUGACUGGCAUGCUACGUUGCGCGUAUCUCAAAGUUUAUCUCGACGGAGGUUAUGCUAUUGAUGCAUCAAAUGUGGUUACCUACAUGUCAACUGCCUUGUCCGAUACAUGUUAUAGCAUUCCAGUAAUGAGAGCUGAAGGAUACGCAUUGAAAACGAAUAAGUCGAACAACACUUUCGUAAGGGGCUGCGGUUUGCCUCAGGCUUACUUCGCAAUGAAUGGUAUCCUAUGUCACGUCGCACACGCUGUGAAUAAACCGCUCGAAAAGAUAAUGAAAAUGAACUUCAAUAAAAACGGAGGCAUACGACUGUCGAAGGAACCGAUUCUCAACGACGCCCUUUUGGAAACCUCGAAUCACAUAAAACGAGGAAUAGCUAUGAGUGCAACCCGGAUGGGUUUAGCUUCUCCUGGACCUAACGAACAGGCUGUAGCUCUCGUGCAGGUUUCUAAAGAUGGAAGCGUUGCAGUCACAAUUGGAGGAGUUGAGAUGGAACGUGAACUGAUCACGAAGUGUCAACAUGUUGCCAGUCGUGCAUUGCGAAUUCCCACCUCAUUUAUAACGGUAACUGAUGCUAGCACAGAUAAAAAAUAUAACCAACAACAGAAUGGAGGAACUCAAGGUGCAGAUGUUCAUGGACGAGCGAUUACGGCAUGCUGUGAGAAGCUAAUGGUCGGCCUACGUCCUAUUCUCAAAGAAGAACCAGAUUGGCGUAAAGCUGUGUUAAGAGCCUAUAAGAUGCGAGUACCUUUGCAAGCGUCCGAACACAUAGGCCGAAAACAUGGGAUCCCUCUACAGUCAUCCAUGUAUAACGCCACCGGCGCAGCGUGCAUCGUUUCACAGAUCGAUUGCCGUACUGGGGAGCAACAGAUUCUAUCCGUAGAUAUAGUCAUGGAUGUCGGCCGAAACUUAAAUCCAGCGAUAGAUAUCUGCCAAAUCGAGGGAGCGUUAAUGAUGAGCUAUAGCAGUCUCACAUUUGAAAAGGUGACAUAUGAUGACAAGGGGAAAGUGAUCGAGAAUACGUUUUCUUUAUACAAACUACCGUCUCCAUCAGUGACACCGAUGAAGUUUCGCGUAAAACUCCUCAAGGAAACCGACUGCACAGAAGAAGAGGAUAGCUUUCCGAAGGACAUUGGCGAACCACUAAUGAUGCUCGGUGUUGGGACGUACGCUUCAUUACGGUAUGCGAUCACAGCACGUCGUCGAGAUCUUGGAUAUACGAAGUUUUUCGAAAUUGCAGCUCCAUUGACAGCUGCGAAAAUAAUUUCGUACUGCAAUCCUUAA